AUUUAAACUUGAGUCCAUUCCUCUUCGCAGCACUCUAUCACAAAAUAUUCUCUGUUAAGAUGACUUAGGCAAACUUUAGUGCUUCAGUAAGGAGCAUAGUAUAAUUAUCCCCUUGUUGUAAACUUUCAGGCUGUUUUCUUGUCCAAGCAAUUCCUAAAUGCAUCUUUUUUAACUCCAGUGGGAAAAUUUUUUUCUCUGCCAUCCAUCACUCCGUAAUCUCCUAUACGGUGCUUGAGAACUGAGACAAUGUAUGUGCCUCAUCUGGCCUCUGCAGCUCCUCAGACAGGGAACUAAGUGUGACAGCCAACACCACAUCAUGCUUGGCACACUGGAGGUUCCUUGGUAGGCUCCAGGAAACCUAACCAACUCAGCUGCAGGGUGCUGUGUGCAACAGCUGUCCCACACAUCAGUGAGCACCAAGGCAGUCAGCAUUGCUCACUCUGGAAGAGUAACCAUGAGUUAAGGCCUCCAGCUGAGUGACUGUGGCUCACAUGUGGGUUCGAGCCAACACAACUCUUCAAGCCUGAAUUAAUUUGACAGCUGCUGUGACUGUCUUCCUCUCAUAUACCCACAGCGUGAGUAGCUUCCUUCAAGAUCUCCUUCACUGAUGACGGAACUGUUUUCCUGCUGAUCUGACCUCUUUCACCCUUGCAGGGUGUUCAAAGGUCUGGUGCUAGAUGUCAGUCAGUAAUGCCCCAACAAUCCUCUUGCAGAGUGACAGAGCCUUACAGCGCAGGUGUGCUUGCAUGGGGAAGAAGGCAGGUAAGCUGCUUCCACUUUCCAGCGCCGUGUUAUGUUUUUUACAGCACUCUCUCACACAGCUGCUACUUUUCUUUGCCACUCACUCUGGGAACAUUUGGACACACAAAAUACUUUUUUGCUUGUCUGUUGUUUUUUUCGGGGUUGAGUUGUUCGGUUUUUUCCAAUAACGAACAUGCGUCUCGUUAAACCAUACUGAUCACUGGCACGGAGCGGAUACUUGGAUUCAAGGAGUAAGGCCAGCUCCUUGCCUGGGAACAGUCCAAACCUCUUUAAGCAUGCUUCGUCACCGCUUGUGACCACGUGAAGUGAGAAACGCGGUUACAUUUGUCGUCGGGCCGUGAUUUUACACCGAAAACCGCAAACAAAACCCCUGCGCCGCGCAGGGCAGUAUCAGGCGACCCGCUCCGGGCUGCGGCCGCGGCGCUCAGCUCAUGGCGCUCCUCGGGCAGCGUCGGUGCGCCGCACAUCGGGAUGGGAGUAUUCCCAGCGCUAGGCAGAAGCGAGGUGUUUUGGGAGAAAUCUUGAAUACCUGCUGACAACACUAAAGCAAACCCGUACAGUGUCUGGAAAACAUACAGAGUAGCAAGAAGUGGAUUCCUGAUAUCCACCUUGUACCUUGAGUGGACUUCUAUUUAUUUUUUUAAACUUUUUAAUAUUUACAAUGAAUGGGCACAGUGAUGAAGAAAGUGUAGGAAACAGCAGUGGAGAGUCAAGCCGAUCAGAUGAUGAUUCUGGGUCAGCAUCAGCUUCUGGAUCUGGUUCAAGUUCUGGAAGCAGUAGUGACGGAAGCAGCAGCCAGUCAGGCAGCAGUGACUCUGACUCUGGUUCAGAGUCAGGGACUCGGUCAGAAUCAGAGUCUGACACAUCUAGAGAGAAGAAACAAAUUCAAUCUAAACCAACAAAAGUUGACGGAUCUGAGUUUUGGAAGUCUAGUCCAAGUAUACUUGCCGUGCAAAGAUCAGGAGUACUCAAGAAGCAGCAACAACAAAAGGCAGCCUCAUCAGACAGUGUUUCAGAAGAGGACUCCUCAAGUAGUGAAGAUUCAGCAGAUGACUCAUCCAGUGAAACCAAGAAAAAAACACAUAAAGAUGAAGACUGGCAAAUGUCAGGAUCAGGGUCAAUGUCGGGAACAGGUUCAGAUUCUGAAUCAGAGGAAGACAGAGAGAAAAGCAGCUGUGAGGAGAGUGAAUCUGACUAUGAGCCGAAAAACAAGGUCAAAAGCCGUAAACCUCCAACCAGAAUUAAGCCAAAAAGCGGGAAGAAGAAUGCAGGACCAAAAAAGAGGCAACUUGAUUCUUCAGAGGAUGAUGAUGAGGAGGAUGAUGAUGAUUAUGAUAAGAGGGGAUCUCGUCGUCAGGCGACAGUCAACAUUAGUUACAAGGAAGCUGAAGAAACCAAGACAGAUUCUGAUGAUUUGCUAGAAGUUUGUGGAGAAGAUGUUCCACAACCUGAAGAAGAUGAAUUUGAAACUAUAGAGAAAUUUAUGGAUAGUCGAGUUGGCCGUAAAGGAGCCACAGGUGCUGCAACCACAAUAUAUGCAGUUGAGGCCGAUGGUGAUCCAAAUGCUGGGUUUGAAAAAUCAAAGGAGCCGGCAGAAGUACAGUAUCUCAUUAAAUGGAAAGGUUGGUCACACAUCCACAACACUUGGGAAACUGAGGAAACACUGAAGCAACAAAAUGUUAAAGGAAUGAAGAAACUGGACAAUUACAAGAAAAAGGAUCAGGAAACAAAACGAUGGCUGAAAAAUGCUUCUCCAGAAGAUGUGGAAUAUUACAACUGCCAGCAGGAGCUUACAGAUGAUCUACAUAAACAAUACCAGAUAGUGGAAAGAAUAAUUGCUCAUUCAAAUCAGAAAUCAGCUGCUGGUUAUCCAGACUACUAUUGUAAGUGGCAGGGUCUACCUUAUUCUGAAUGUAGCUGGGAAGAUGGAGCUCUCAUUGCCAAAAAGUUUCAGGCACGCAUUGAUGAGUACUUCAGCAGAAAUCAAUCCAAGACCACUCCCUUUAAAGAUUGCAAGGUUCUAAAACAAAGGCCACGAUUCGUUGCACUAAAAAAACAACCAUCUUAUAUUGGAGGACACGAAAGUUUAGAGUUAAGAGAUUAUCAGUUAAAUGGGUUGAAUUGGCUUGCUCACUCAUGGUGCAAAGGGAAUAGCUGUAUUCUUGCAGAUGAAAUGGGUCUAGGUAAAACAAUACAAACAAUUUCUUUUCUGAACUACCUGUUUCACGAACAUCAAUUGUAUGGGCCUUUCUUGUUGGUUGUGCCACUUUCUACCUUGACGUCUUGGCAAAGAGAGAUUCAAACCUGGGCUCCUCAGAUGAAUGCUGUAGUUUACUUAGGAGAUAUAACUAGUAGAAAUAUGAUAAGAACUCAUGAAUGGAUGCAUCCACAGACCAAACGAUUGAAAUUUAACAUACUCUUAACAACAUAUGAAAUUUUGCUAAAGGAUAAGUCAUUCCUUGGUGGUCUGAAUUGGGCAUUCAUAGGAGUUGACGAAGCUCAUCGUUUAAAAAAUGAUGACUCUCUUCUGUACAAAACUUUAAUAGACUUUAAGUCUAACCAUCGUCUUCUUAUUACUGGAACACCUCUGCAAAACUCUCUCAAAGAGCUUUGGUCUUUACUCCACUUCAUCAUGCCAGAAAAGUUUUCUUCAUGGGAAGAUUUUGAAGAGGAGCAUGGCAAAGGGAGAGAAUGUGGUUAUGCAAGUCUUCACAAAGAACUUGAACCAUUUCUGCUGAGAAGAGUUAAAAAAGAUGUAGAAAAGUCCUUACCUGCUAAAGUUGAGCAAAUUCUGAGGAUGGAAAUGAGUGCAUUGCAGAAGCAAUACUACAAGUGGAUUUUAACCAGAAAUUAUAAAGCCCUUAGCAAAGGUUCAAAAGGCAGUACCUCAGGCUUUUUGAACAUCAUGAUGGAACUCAAGAAGUGUUGCAACCAUUGCUACCUCAUUAAACCACCAGAUGAUAAUGAAUUCUAUAAUAAACAGGAGGCCUUACAGCAUUUAAUACGUAGCAGUGGGAAGCUAAUCCUUCUUGACAAGCUACUGAUUCGUCUGCGAGAACGUGGCAACAGAGUCCUGAUUUUUUCACAGAUGGUAAGGAUGCUGGACAUCCUGGCAGAAUAUCUGAAAUAUCGUCAGUUUCCAUUUCAGAGACUUGAUGGAUCAAUAAAAGGGGAAUUGAGGAAACAAGCACUGGAUCAUUUUAAUGCAGAAGGAUCAGAGGACUUCUGCUUUUUACUGUCUACCAGAGCUGGAGGAUUAGGUAUCAACUUGGCAUCUGCUGAUACAGUGGUUAUAUUUGAUUCUGACUGGAAUCCACAGAACGAUCUGCAAGCACAGGCUAGAGCGCAUAGAAUUGGACAGAAGAAACAGGUUAAUAUUUAUCGACUAGUCACAAAAGGAUCAGUAGAAGAAGAUAUUCUUGAACGAGCCAAGAAAAAAAUGGUGUUAGAUCAUUUAGUAAUUCAGAGAAUGGACACUACAGGGAAAACUGUGUUACAUACAGGCUCUACUCCUUCAAGCUCAACACCUUUUAAUAAGGAGGAGUUGUCAGCAAUUUUAAAGUUUGGUGCUGAGGAACUUUUUAAAGAACCUGAAGGGGAAGAACAGGAGCCUCAAGAAAUGGAUAUAGAUGAAAUAUUGAAGAGGGCUGAAACUCGGGAAAAUGAGCCAGGUCCAUUAACUGUAGGAGAUGAGUUGCUUUCGCAGUUCAAGGUGGCCAACUUCUCCAAUAUGGAUGAAGAUGAUAUUGAGUUGGAGCCAGAAAGAAAUUCAAGAAAUUGGGAAGAAAUCAUUCCGGAGGUCCAGAGGCGAAGAAUAGAAGAGGAGGAAAGACAAAAAGAACUUGAAGAAAUAUACAUGCUUCCAAGAAUGAGAAACUGUGCAAAACAGAUUAGCUUCAAUGGCAGUGAAGGGAGACGCAAUAGGAGUAGAAGAUACUCUGGAUCUGAUAGUGACUCCAUCUCAGAAAGAAAAAGGCCAAAAAAACGUGGAAGACCACGAACUAUUCCUCGAGAAAAUAUUAAAGGAUUUAGUGAUGCAGAGAUAAGGCGGUUUAUCAAGAGUUACAAGAAAUUUGGUGGCCCUCUUGAGAGGUUAGAUGCUGUAGCUAGAGAUGCUGAGCUAGUUGAUAAAUCAGAGACAGACCUCAGACGUUUGGGAGAGCUUGUACAUAAUGGAUGCAUUAAAGCCUUAAAGGACAAUUCAUCUGGACAAGAAAGAGCAGGAGGUAGACUUGGGAAGGUUAAAGGCCCAACAUUCCGAAUCUCAGGAGUGCAAGUAAAUGCAAAGUUAGUCAUCUCUCAUGAAGAAGAGUUGGCACCAUUGCACAAAUCCAUUCCUUCAGAUCCAGAAGAAAGAAAAAGAUAUGUCAUCCCAUGCCACACUAAGGCGGCUCAUUUUGAUAUAGACUGGGGUAAGGAAGAUGACUCCAAUUUGUUGAUAGGCAUCUAUGAAUAUGGUUAUGGCAGCUGGGAAAUGAUAAAAAUGGAUCCUGAUCUCAGUUUGACACAGAAGAUUUUGCCUGAUGAUCCAGAUAAAAAACCCCAGGCAAAGCAGUUACAGACCCGUGCAGACUACCUCAUUAAAUUACUGAAUAAAGACCUUGCGAGGAAGGAAGCACAAAGGCUUGCUGGAGCAGGCAAUUCAAAGAGGAGGAAAACAAGAACUAAGAAGAAUAAGGUGCUAAAGGCUGCAAAAUUAAAAGAAGAAAUAAAAAGUGAUUCUUCACCACAACCGUCAGAAAAAUCUGAUGAAGAUGAUGAUGAGAAUAACAAGGAUGAGAUUGUUUCAGUGAAACAUCUGCAUAAAAAAUUUAAAGCAGAAAAAGAAAAUGAAGAAAAGCCUGAGCCAGAUACUGGUAUAAAGAAGGAGGCUGAAGAAAAGAGAGAGACAAAAGAAAAGGAAAAUAAGAGGGAUUUGAAAAGGGACAAAAAAGAAAAAGAGGAUAAGAAAGAAUUAAAAGAAAAGGAUAUUAAAGAAAAGAGAGAAAACAAAGUAAAAGAAUCCACACAGAAAGAAAAAGAAGUAAAGGAAGAGAAGGUAAAUGAAAUCAAAUCCGAAAAUAAGGAAAAAACUAAAAAAAUUCCAUUGCUGGAUACUCCAGUUCAUAUUACUGCAUCUAGUGAACCAGUUCCAAUAUCAGAAGAAUCUGAAGAGCUAGAUCAGAAAACUUUCAGUGUGUGCAAAGAAAGAAUGAGACCUGUCAAGGCAGCAUUGAAACAGCUUGAUCGACCAGAGAAAGGCCUUUCUGAAAGAGAACAGCUGGAACAUACUAGACAGUGUCUUAUCAAAAUUGGGGAUCAUAUUACUGAGUGUCUAAAGGAGUACACAAGUCCCGAACAAAUUAAACAGUGGAGAAAAAAUUUGUGGAUUUUUGUAUCUAAGUUUACAGAAUUCGAUGCCAGAAAGCUGCACAAACUGUAUAAACAUGCAAUCAAAAAACGUCAAGAGUCUCAGCAACACAGCGAUCAGAAUAUUAGCGGUCAUGUGAAUACACAUGUAAUUAGAAAUCCAGAUGUGGAAAGGUUGAAGGAGAAUACAAACCAUGAUGACAGUAGCAGGGACAGCUAUUCCUCUGACAGACAUCUGUCACAAUACCAUGAUCAUCAUAAGGACAGGCAUCAGGGAGAUGCUUACAAGAAAAAUGAUUCCAGGAAAAGGCCUUAUUCAGCCUUCAGCAAUGGAAAAGAUCACAGAGACUGGGAUCACUACAAACAAGACAGCAGGUACUACAGUGAUAGUAAACACAGGAAGUUAGAUGACUACAGGAGCAGAGACCACAGGUCAAGCCUGGAAGGGAGUCUAAAAGACAGCCGGGUUCAUUUGGAUCACCGUUCCCAUUCAGACCACAGGACACAUUCAGAUCACCGUUCCUCUUCAGAGUACAGCCAUCAUAAAUCUCCUAGAGAUUAUAGGUACCACUCAGACUGGCAAAUGGACCAUAGAGCUUCAGGUAGUGCCCCAAGGUCACCCCUGGAUCAGAGAUCUGCUUAUGGUUCAAGAUCUCCCCUCGGUCACAGAUCUCCGUUUGAACAUUCAUCAGAUCACAAAAGUACACCUGAACAUACAUGGAGUAGUCGGAAAACAUAA